UCUGAAAUGGCAAAAGUCAUGGUAUCUAAUCUAUAGAAGGGUCAAACGAUUGAGAAGAACUGUAUCUGACUUCAUAAAAAGUCAAUGUUUAGUGGUUUUAAAAAUGCAAAAUGAACGAAACUUAGAAGGCAAAAAAUAUUGCUCAUUUGCGAAUUUGAUUAGUUGAUGAUGUUGAGCUCUGUGGAAAUCAUCGAAUUCCAGAGGCCAUGCCCCGGAGAAGCUCUUAGAGAGAGUUUUACGAGACAUUUGAAUUCCAACGAGGAGCAAGCAUCGGACCCUGUAUAAUUUACGAAACCCACCAAGCGAAACAGGUCUGGAUUGACGUUGAAACGUUGGGUUGCGUAGUGCGCAUUGCUGCCAGGCUCAAGAAUUUAUGAUGAAGCGAAAGACCAGAUUCACCUCGUCGAUCACUCACUGAAGUCAAUAACGUGGAUUCAAAUUGUUACCAUGGUCAUAACCAACUUCAUUCUGGGGCUCCUCGUGAUCAGAUUUCGAAACGUGGAUUCAAAUUGUUGCCAUGGUCAUAACCAACUUCAUUCUGGGGCUCCUCGUGAUCAGAUUUCGAAACGUGUCUUGCCAAAACUGCAACCUUACCAUCAUCGGAGGGCCGCAAGAGAGGACGCCUUGUGUUUUCCCAUUCAUGUUCAAAGGCCAACUCUUCAACGAGUGCACUUCCUUCGAUGAUCCCGAGAAUCGAUUGUGGUGCUCAACCAAAGUCGACCAACAUGGUUAUCACAUUGGAGGAGGUAGAGGCUUUUGGGGAUAUUGCGAUCAAGACUGCAUUUCAAAGAGGAUUGACAAAUUAACCCCGCCCAAAGUUUCUCCUCUUCCUGAAAAAAUUGAGCCCCUUCAAAAAGAAGAAGAAAUUGUUCCCCCGGUCAAUGGCACAUGGCUACCAAAACCGGGAGGAGGUCAAUGUGGCUUGAACACCAAUGUUGGGUACAUUGUGGGAGGAGCCCAAGCCACCAGGGGAGAGUUCCCUUUCAUGGCCCUUUUGGGAUAUGAGGGGCCUCGAGGUGUUGUGGUUUAUCUUUGUGGGGGGACCCUAAUCAACAAGCACUAUGUCAUCACUGCUGCCCAUUGUCAAGGAAGAUCUCGCCAAGAACAAAUCAGACAAGUGGUUUUGGGCGAGUACAACAUUGACACGGAUCCAGAUUGUUUAUACUGUCGGGGAGUGCAAAGAUUUGACAUCUCGGCAGAGGACGUGAUUGUUCAUAGAGAUUGGAACACGGAGAGGAUAUUUGAUGGCAAUGAUAUUGCCUUGAUUCGUUUGCCCAGACCUGCGAAAACCUUUGAUGAAGAUGUAGAUGAAUGGAUUUUACCCGUGUGUCUGCCAAUCCAAGAGAGUGGAGCACCGACCAAAGAGUACAUUUCCGUGGGAUGGGGUCAAAUUGGUCAAACUUUAUCCAGCACCAACUUUGCCAAAUUUGGUGCGGCUGUAGAAGUUUUGCGGAAACUGACCAUGCCCCUCGUUUCUAAUGAAGAAUGUCGAAUCGAAUACCAACGAGAAAUGCCCUCUAAUUUCUUGUGUGCAGGCGCGGAAUUAGGUAAAGACACAUGUAGCGGCGAUAGUGGAGGCCCAUUAAUCGUGAGAAAUGGAGAGGAAACUUCAAUGUGGCUGGCAGGUGUCGUUUCGUUUGGAACCCAGACUUGUGGAGCAGGAAAACCUGCCGUUUUUACCAACAUCAAACAUUACAUGCCGUGGAUUAAAGCUAAUCUAAGGCCCUGAGCAUUUGUACUUGAAUGGUUUACACAUAGUAACUGACAAUCUGACAAUAUGCGCAAUUUGAAAUUUAUUUUUCGUUGACCACAA